ACGGUGACCCGAGGGGGGGCGGGCAAAGCGGCGCGCUGACGUCAGCGCGGCGUCGCACGCACGCUCGCGUCAUCAGGGCGAGCGGCGGUGCCGGCGGAGGCCGGGUCAGGCCAGGCCGGGCCGCGGCGGGGCCUGCGCAGCCGGUACCGGGGCCGCCGCGCUCCGCUUCCCCCGGGGCUCGGGUGCCGAGCGGGCGGGCGGGCACCGAGCCGGGCCGGGCCGAACUGAGCUGAGGAGCGGCGGGCACAGGCGGCGCAACCGGCGGGGCGAGCGCGGGGGCCGCUCACCGACCCCCGCCGCGCUCCAGGGCGCCGGGAGCGGCGGGCGGCCGUCGGGGAUGUCCUACAAGCCCAUCGCUCCCGCCCCAGCUACCCCCGGAGCCGCCAGCGCCAGCCCCGCCCCGCCGGGGCCCGGGGCACCACCCGCCGCCACGAGUGUCCCGUCGCCCUCCGGAUCCGUCCCCGGCGCCGCCGCCCCUUUCCGGCCCCUCUUCAAUGACUUCGGGCCGCCGUCCAUGGGCUACGUGCAGGCGAUGAAGCCCCCCGGGGCUCAGGGCUCGCAGAGCACCUACACCGACCUGCUCUCCGUCAUCGAGGAGAUGGGGAAGGAGAUCCGGCCCACCUACGCCGGCAGCAAGAGCGCCAUGGAGCGGCUGAAGCGCGGCAUCAUCCACGCCCGGGCGCUGGUCCGGGAAUGCCUGGCAGAGACAGAGCGAAACGCCCGCACGUAACGGCUGCUGCCCCCCGGGACUCCCCGACGGGAGCCCCGGUGUCCCUGCCCCGCUGGGGGCGGGGGGGGGGAGCCGCCGUGCUGCCCGCGGCCCCCCCCCGCGCUCUCCGCUCUUUAUAAAUGCGUGUUUUUAUAAAUAAAGGACGUGGUUGGGG